UGAUUUGGGGUUCGGAAUUGAUUUUGAUUUCCUUUGUUCCAGGGUUUUGAUUUCCAAAUUGUGGUGACAACCGUCGAUGAGAUGGGGAGGGACUGGAGUUUGGUCAGCAUCUCAUCUUCUAAGCAUUUGCUUGAUGCUCGUUUCCUCAGAAUUCUAUACAAGACAGUUACAAAUUUCGAUUUAUACACAAAGACUGGUGGAUGGGAAGCCAAAUCUGCCUACAGUGGCUGUUUUCAAUAAUUCCUACCAAGCAAUGGAUUCUUAUGAAGAUAAGCAGAAUUGAUGCAAUGAAAAGGGAAAUGUAAGGCAAGGCAGCAUGGAGGCAUAGAAGGCUCUAGCACAAUUGAAGCUCCAGACAAUGCUUCAGUUAAUACUUUAGUUUAACAAUUUAAUUUUCUCAUUUGGAAAAUGAUAUGGUACUGGUUAAUGAGUUCAUGUCUAUCAAAUUACUAAGUUCUGGAUAUCAUAUAUUUUUUGUACAUGGUACAAUUGUUUUUACUCUCAAUACACUUUGUCUUAAAUU